UUGGUUUUCAGUCGCCUGUCAACUUGAGCCCGCCUGUCUCCACUAUCAUUUAACAGGGCAACAGACAGCUGAGAAGAGCAACAACAACAACAACAACAACAACAACCUUAGUUGUGUGUAUGUAGACAAGAAGUGUACAUGCAGGGUUGGAAACAUUCACAAACCAAUCAGUAAACCUAGUAUGAAUGCUCAGGAUCAUGUUCAGUACACCAACUGCUGCUCCUUCAUUUCCCACCCCCUGGAUGUAUGUUGACUACUAUCAGUACGGUUAUUAAUGUAUCUCACACCCCCGUCUUGUCAGAGUAGGUUGAACAAAUCUCCUAAACUGCAGGCUGGUCUCUGCCUUGUCCCGAAGAGAGCAGCAGCAGCAGCUCUGUGUUUGUCUUGUGGUUGGUGACAGCACAUGAACAUGUGGUCAUGCAGCGUCCAAUGCCGAGCCUAGAGCAGGCAAUCAGCACUGUCAGACUAGCAGCAGCAGCAGUGCUGGCACGGGAGAGGAACUCUGCCGUCCCCCUGCAUAGAGAAACCCCCCUAAAAGAGACAGAGAGAGAAAGAGAGAGAGAGGGAGAGAGAGAGAGGGAUUUGGUUACAGAGCGAAGGAUGAGGAUGCAGUGGGAAGGGGAUGUUGCAGAGGAGUCUGCAAGGAGGCAAAAACAAAAAGGAGGACAAGCUGUGUGAUCCUGGUCUCAAGAUGUAGAGCUGCACCAGAAGAGCCCUCAGUCAGAGUGUGUGUGUGUGUGUGUGUGUGUGUGUGUGUGUGAACGCACCAUAACAUCAGGCGACUUGUGUUUCAAGGAUAGUGAAGGUGGAGAGGCGCAACCCGAGAAGUCCCCCCUCCACCUCCACAGAGGAUGACAAAUUAGUCCUUAUUCAGCAAGGAGCGAGAGCAUCACCCUGAGGAUCAGAUGUUGUCCACAGCUCAGCAGAUGCUGCAGGAUAGCCGCUCCAAGAUCGAGCUGAUCCGACUGCAGAUUAUCAAAGUCACCCAGGCUGGCAGCAGCAGUGGCGGCAGUGGUGUUGGCGGUGAUGGUGGCGGCAACCAUGACAGCUCAACACAUGGAGAGAGCUCUCCGGUCGCUGUUAGUCUUGUGGAUGCUCGUUUGGCUGAGUUGCAGCACUACAUGCAGAGAGAGACAGAUGCAUUGGUGCUGGCCAAAGAUGUGGUAAAGCAGCUGGAGGGAAUCUCAUCGCUGGACCAGAAGGCUCUGGCUGAGGCUCAGUCCCGGGUGCAGGAGUCCUCCCAGAAGCUGGAUCUUCUGCGAAUGUCCCUGGAGAAAUUCCCAAAGGAAAACAACCAGGAGCCUUUACAGCAGCCUGAAGGUGCGGUCGAGCCCUCAGAGGGAACUGUGUCUCCCCAGAACUCCAGACCGGGUUGUCCCCUGUCCACCUCCCCGUCCAUCUUCUCUAUCAGACCUGCCUCCUUGACUGGCAAACUUGAAGUCAGGCUUCUUGGAUGUGAGGAUUUACUGAAUCCUCUGACAAACCCAGAGCAGGAAAACCAUCCGAGUCCCAUUGAGGAUUGUUCACCGGCUGCUAACAGGACAGAUGGACCCUCUGUGGAGAUCAGCGCGGUGCUCAGACUGGACACCAGAGUUGUCGGCCGAACACGCUGGGCAGCCGUUAACAGGCUGAGCUGGGAUCAGAUGUUCUGCAUCCAGCUGGAGCGGUCUCGAGAGCUGGAGGUCAGUGUCUUCUGGCGGGACCGGAGGGUGAUGUGUGCAGUCAGGUUCCUGCGACUAGAGGAGAUGAUGGACAAUCAAAACCAUAACCAGGAGUUUAGUCUGGAGCCACAGGGCCUACUCUACGCCAAGCUUCGAUUCAUUGACACUAUUGUUGAGCGGCAGCCGAGACUGAGACGUCAGCGUUGUAUCUUCACUAAAGAGAGAGGGAAGAACUUCCUUAGAGCAGCUCAGAUGAACAUGAAUUUUGCCACGUGGGGUCAUUUGAUGAUGAACAUCCUCCCUCGCUACAGCUCCUUCACCACAUUCAGCUCGUCCCUCUCUACGAGCCCUGACCUAGUGGCCAACAACACCUCACGUCCAGCUGAGAAAGAGCCUCAAACCACCACUCCACUGCCAAGCGAAGCUCCCGUAAUCAGACUCAGCAUAACUGAAGAUCAGCCCUCCCCGACCAGCCUCGACCAGGGAGACAACACCUCCACUGUCAUCACUACAGCACACAAAACCUCAUCUGUGCCUGCACUGCAAGAAAAAGUGUCAUCCAUAAACAACACAGAAGGAAGUGAAGAUCAGCCAGUAUCUGCUCUGAAGAUGCAGUUGGAGGAUUACAAAUAUAUCUCAGUUUUGGGCAGAGGACAUUUUGGGAAGGUCUUGCUGGCAGAGUUUAAGAAGACAGGAAAACUGUACGCCAUCAAAGCCUUGAAGAAAAAAGACAUUGUGACUCGUGAUGAAGUGGACAGCCUUAUGAGUGAAAAGAGGAUCUUUGAGAUGAUCAACGCAUCAAGACAUCCAUUCUUGGUGAACCUCCACGGCUGCUUCCAGACCAGCGACCACGUCUGCUUUGUCAUGGAGUAUCUACCAGGUGGCGACCUUAUGAUCCACAUCCACAAUAACGUCUUCACCGAGGCCCAGACCAGAUUUUAUUCAGCAUGUGUCGUGCUGGGUUUAGAGUUCCUGCAUCUGAAUAAAAUCAUCUAUCGAGAUCUGAAGCUGGACAACCUCCUGAUGGAUGCAGAUGGAUUUGUGAAAAUCACAGACUUUGGACUUUGUAAAGAAGGGAUGGGUCACGGAGAUCGGACCUCGACUUUCUGUGGGACUCCUGAGUUUCUGGCUCCUGAGGUCCUAACAGACGACAACUACACCCGAGCAGUGGACUGGUGGGGGAUGGGCGUCCUCAUCUAUGAGAUGCUUGUGGGAGAGUCUCCGUUCCCUGGUGAGGAUGAGGAGGAGGUGUUUGACAGCAUUGUCAAUGAUGAUGUGCAGUAUCCAGGAUCUCUUCCUCCUGGUGCUGUGUCUGUCAUCCAGAAGCUGUUGAAGAAGAAUCCUCUGAAAAGGCUCGGAGCUGGAGAGAGAGACGCAAACGAGGUCAAAGGAGAAAAAUUCUUUGAGACCAUCGACUGGGAAGCCCUGCUGGCCAAGAAAGUAAAACCGCCAUUCCUGCCGUCAAUCAAAGAGUCAGUGGAUGUCAGCAACUUUGACAGCGAGUUCACUCGACUCCAGCCCGUCCUGUCGCCUCCCUCCAAGCCCUUCAGCCUCUCUGCCGAGCAGCAGGAAGCCUUCGCGGACUUCGACUUCUGCGCCUUGCAUGGAUGAAAGACGCGACGAAAAGACCAGGGUGGGAAAUUACCACCAGACACGUACAUUUGUUUUUUGACUGGGUAGUUUGUCCACUUCAGAGGCUACCAUGGCAGGUAACCAAUCAUCAUCAUUUACAUACAGUCAACCCCCUCACUGGCAAGUAAAAUAAUUCAAGAAACCAGCUACUUUAUUAAUACUCCUUUAAAUUAAAACAGUAAAGGAGUAAGUAAUUGCUGAGUCUUAGCAAGUCUUUAGCUACAGGUGAACAGUAAGACUUUUUAAAACUUUUAGUCUAGUUGCCUUAGUCAAAAGGCAUAAAAUUAUUCAGUAAUUUUCAUAAUCAAUUGAAGUCCUUUAUCAAGUACAAAUGCUAAACAUCUGCUGAUGAGAGGAUUUGCUUCCUUUUGCUGUUUCGUAUCAUUUACACGAAUAAUUUUUACAACUUGGUCUGCCAAUAAGCACUUUUUUACGAUCUCACUUUGGACUGUGGUAUCUUGUAAUGGCCAUUGGUCGUCUUCUAAAACUUUUUGACAUUUUGUAGACUGAAUCGAUUAAUUCAAAAAUAAAGGAAAAGUAAAACAUGUUGGGAAACGAGAGGAGAGAAAGAUAUCUGUACGUAAAUAUAAAACUACCCUUAGCAACUGGUUACCUUGGCUCAGCACAAAGAGUGGAAACAGGGGCAAACAGCUAGCCUGGCUCUGUCCAAAGGUAAUAGUCCCUGGGCCCUGAUAGUUGUUCCCCUGUUUCCUGUUAUUUCCUACAAACAUGAGAGUGGUAUGGAUCUUUUCAUCUAACUCUCAACAAGGAUGAAAAUAAGCAUAUUGAUUUGUUAGUUGGAGCGCUAGUUUGUUCAAAAACCGGUUACAGGCUAGAAAGUGAGUUCUGAAAUCCAGAAAUCUGACCUCCUGGCCCAGGAAUCAUUUAGCUAUUUGUAUUAAGGAACAACCCUUCAAGCUUCCAUAUUCUCCUCUAGUGCAGUAAAAAAUCUCACUUGAUUUCCCCUUAAAGAAAGUUUCCCACCCUGGUCUUGAUAGUACUACCAAAUGAACAAACCCCUUGGAUAUUUUCUGCAGCUCAGUCAUUCUCAAACAGGAUAUUACACAUGAUCCCAUGGCUGAUUUUGCGGACUGUUCUCACUGUCAUCCAAUUGACGAUUAAAUAACAGCAUCAGGCAGCAUCUUUUUUGUUUUUAACAGAGCAAAGAAAGUGAUUGUAGCCCUUUAUAUUCUCUGUGGAGAGUCGAGCGCUGUUCAGACUGUUAAAGCAGUAAUACAACUCUACCCUCACCUGCUCCUGCUGUCAAGAGUUUAUUUAUGAGUUUUGGUCAGGUGAAAUUUGUACAAACAGGUGAAACAACUUUGAUAGAGGAUGCUUGAAGAGUUUAUAACAUUAUCACCACUUCAUUCCAUGUCUUUAUUCCUCUUUAUAGUUUAUUGUCAAUGCUCCAAUACUAGAUAAUUUGCUAUGUACCAGUCGGUACGGUACAUUUCGUAAAGCUCUGAUAAUGUUUGAUUUGAUUUGAGGUUAAAGUUUGUUAAGAAAUUCUCUGGCUUUCAGUCAGUAUUGGUCAGCUCCUAUAUGUGACCAUUGACCAUUGCUAAUCCAGUGUUUCUCCUUUCACGUCAUAAUUUCGGCCACUUUUCUUCUCGCUAGAUUACAUAAUUCUGCAAACUUUGGAUCUGAUACACCAUUAGUUCAGACAGUGACUGCCUGGACUCUGUAUGCCUGUAAGCUGCCUUAUGUUGCCUCAAAAUUGCAUAAAAACGAUGAUUGUCACACCUCUCUGAAAGUUAACACAUAAUGCUGACUCAGUUCAACUUGUGUAGUGUUGUCUGUCUCAGUUGCUGGUGCAUCACUCACAAACAGAGCAUAAUUAUGUAAUGUGGUAUGAGGAAAGGUUUCACAAAUCACGACGACAUAAUAUGACAUAGGAAAACUACUGUGGCACAAAGAGGAACAUAGAAUUGCCACAGUCAACAACACUGACUGAAAGUCACUUGACAGAAAUUUUCCUAAACAACAAAAGGUUCAAAUCAAUAGCCUAAAGAAAGGGCCAUAGACAUACACUUAACUCAAAAAGCAAAUAGUUAUUUACAUUAUCAGCUUCACCAAAUUUGGAUUUGCUGCAGAGCUAUUGUAUUGAGUGCACAUAUAUCAGUGUCAGCAUAUCAACAGUCAAUAAGUAAAAAAAGUCUGGGUCACUUUUCUUUAAAUGACAAAUGAAUGACCUGUUCAUCUAAAAGAACAAUUUACAAUUUCAGCUGUGUUGACCAACUGAUAGACUGGCCAAGCUGGCUCCUUUAGUAAAGUCAUAAUAUAAGAAGUGAAAUUAUUGCUACUUCAGUCAUAAACAGUACAUGAAUCAACUAUGAAUUGACUGAAGUGUUAAAAGUUUAAACAUUAUUGUCAUUUUUAAUAAACUCAUAAAUCCUUCAUUCUUCCAGAUUGUGGUGUCACCAAUAAGCAGUCGUAGCCUCUUCAAGCAUCCUGUGUGUUGGAGACAGAUCCAGCUUGCUUUGUGGCCUUUGCUUAUUAUAUUUAUUUAGAAUAUUUAUCCCUCAGAGGUACAGUAUGUGCUGCCGUUUCUAUGCAUCACUGUGACAGGCUUUGCCCACUGCCUUGACCAAACAAACAAAACAAGCUAACCCAAUUUCUGGUUAUAAGCCUUUUUUAAAAGAUGUUAAAGCCAACAUGGAAAUGUUUCAUGUAUUUGUCAAGUCAUUCUCUUGUAGCAAAGACGUACGCAUCCACAUAUCAGUCUCCUCCUGACCAACUGUUUUCUGUUAUAACGGUAGAAGUGCAUGGCACCGUUGUGAACUUGUGAACACUAGAAAUCCUGUACAAUAAUUGCUAGCGGUAUAAAAGAAGCCAUAGAGAAUUUAAUAUAGCCAUAAUAGUAAGAAAAUAUAUGUAUUUUGAAUUUAGCAAAUCAUAUUCUGUGAUACUGAGCACUACUGAUGUCAGUGCAAUAAAAGAAGAGGAAGAAGAGGGGCAGCAGGGACAAAGCUUCAAGAUCCAUGCCCUGAUUUUGUUGAGUCCCAGUAUUCCCUUCCUACGUUCAAACUCCCAGCUGAGUUUCAGAAACAUCAGGAGUAGGGGAGAGCUGGGGGAACUAUUGGGCAAUAUAUCAAAAUUAGACCGGGUACUUUAAAAAGUAACUUAACACUAAAUCCACUUCUAAGAGCAAGUAAAUGAUAUGUAGAAUCAUUUAAUCGAUCUAGCCCCAUUCUUUAGUGUUCAUUGCAACAGCACUUAUUUGUCUUUUUCCAGAGAAAUACUGAGUCAAUCUGUCAUCUAUUUGCAUUAACAUCAUCCUAAUGUAAAGUCUAUGGGCCCAGCGGGAACACAUUGCUAAGAUCUCAUUCCUAUAAUGCAUCCAUGGCAUGACAGAUCUGUGCCUGAGUGCUCUCAAAUGUUGCCUCGCAGGAAUUUCUCGUAGUCUUUUUGUCCUUUGUUUACUUCCAUACUGUAUGUAGAGGGAAAAUUACGUUUCAAGUUUAAUUGUCACAUAUUAUAUAGGUACAAUCAGUAAAGUGUUUUUCCGUCAGUUCUUACUCCUGUUAUCUGUCAGAGCUGUGAUGCGGGUGGCUGGGUGCUCUUAAUUUGAAAGGAUUUUUGAAUCAGUGAAGGCGAAACUGGGUGUUAAGUUACUCUUUAAACAAAUCAGACCCCUGUCCUGAAACAGGAAGGCUACAAGUUUCUCCUGAAAGGCCAGUAUGCCCAUUCAAGGCCACGUGUCCCCAAGGAAGAUUCUGAACCCUCUACCUGCUUUGGAUAAGACCCUCAGCUGAAUUAGUCAAAUAGGACAACAACAGGACAACGGGCCGGCGUUGAUUUAGCUGCUGUAGCACUUUAAGUUCAUGCUGCUGAAUAUUACUGUGUUAUUUAUGUGUCAAUACUGUAUUUAUGUGUGUACGUGAAGCAUCCUGACCAGGAAUGUCUGUACAGAUGUACUCUAUAACAACAUGCAUAUCAUCAGUGUUUUAAUGUACUCUUGUUGUCAAUAAAU